UAUUAUCCUUCUUCUCUAUAUAGGAGACAUCUAAAGAUCCGAACUGGUGACUCUUCAAACUUGAAAGACAGAGUAAAAUGAACAUCAUUUGGAACAUUUCUAUUUGUGUUUCAGCUUUUGUUGUUGUACUGAUCACUAGAUGGUGGUACCGAUGGUCAAACCCAAAGUGCAAUGGCAAGUUACCUCCGGGAUCAAUGGGGUUUCCGAUCAUCGGAGAGACACUAGCCUUCUUUAAGUCUCAUGGAUUCUAUGAGACCUCGCCGUUUCUCGAAAAGAGGAUGUCCAGGUACGGGUCACUAUUUAAGACCAACAUAUUUGGUUCCAACACCGUGGUAGUCACGGACCAUGAUGUUAUGUAUGAGAUUUUAAAGCAAGAGAACAAGGCUUUCAUGUUUAGUCUUCCAGAUGGGUUUUUUAAAGUGUUUGGGAAAGAUAAAGAAUUGGUUGACCAUGGGAAGACACACAAGCAUGUCAAACAAAUCACUCUGAACUUUCUUGGCACUGAAGGUUUGAAGUGGAAGUUGAUAAAAGACAUGGACCGAGCUACCGGCGAGGAUCUUAAAUCAAAGGCUACCUUGGGGAGUUUGGAUAUUAAGGAGACAGUUUCAAACCUGAUAAUUAAGCACUUGACACCCAAGUUGAUAAGUAACCUCAAAUCAGAGGCUGAAGAGAAUCUUAUGGACAUCUUCAUGGCCUUCAAUCUUGAUUGGUAUAAGUCAUCUUUUAGUUUCUCUACCUGGAAAUCGUUUUAUAUAGCUAUUAUGGCACGCAAAUCUGCGAUGAAUGUGAUACGCGAUGUUCUCUUAUCAAGGAAAGAAUCGGAAGAGAAGCAUGAAGACAUCCUUAACACGAUGCGAAAAGAUGUCAUAUUCGAUGACCAAGCCGUUGUGGACAACGUCUUUGCUAUUCCGGUGGCCGCUAAAGAUACUACCUCUACAAUUGGUUCCAUGGCAGUAAAAUACAUUACUAAUAACCAUAAAGUCUUUUUAGAGUUGAAGAAAGAGCAUGAUGCUAUCCUUCAAAAUAGAGUGGAUAAGAACUCUGGAGUGAGUUGGGAAGAGUACAAAAACAACAUGACUUUCACCAACAUGGUGAUUAAUGAGACUCUUAGACUUGCAAAUGUGACUCCAGUAUUGUUUAGAAAGGCUUUGAAAGAUGUUGAAAUUAAAGGAUAUACGAUUCCAAAGGGCUGGAUGGUUGUAGUUGCAAGUUCAUUGAUACAUUAUGAUCCUGCGAUAUAUGAGAACCCUUACGAGUUUAAUCCGUGGCGAUGGGAGGGCAAAGAGCUGGUUCAUGGUUCUAGGACGUUCAUGGUAUUUGGAGGUGGGUUGAGAUUGUGUCCUGGUGCAGAAUUUGCAAGACUUCAGAUUGCAAUAUUCAUUCACCAUCUUGUUACCAACUACGAAUUCUCUAUGGAACAAGACUGCGAGAUCACUCGUACACCUCUAGUUUCUUUUCCCAAUGGCAUCAAUCUCAACAUCUCUCAUGCUACUCCCACUAGUUGACUUGGAGAUGUUUAGUCUAUCUUAUAUGAAAUAAGCCUAAAUCUAAGUACACGUUCUAUUGUAAGCUUCAUAUAUAUAUCCAAAGAUUAUCAAGAUUUGCUUAAAGUUAAAUAAAGGAUUUGAACACUUGGAUAUU